GUCGGCACGGUGCUCGGCUACGUCGCCUGCUUCUCGCUCUUCACGCACGUGCUCAAGGUGAUCCCGCUGGGCGUCGCCUACGCGAUCUGGAGCGGCGCGGGCUGCGCGCUGACCUACGCCGUCGGCGUGAUCUGUUUCGGGGAGAGCAUCAGCCGGAACAAGAUCUUGUCCAUCCUCGUCAUCAUCGCCGGCGUCGUCGGCCUCGAGCUGUCGAACGGCCACUAG